AUGAGCCAAACUCCAGGAAAUCCUUUCUUCAAGUACCUCGACAACGCUCCAGUAGCUCUGAAAGGCUUCGAUAGGACAAUGGUCGUGUCAUUUCAAAAUGUUCUUCUACUAAUAUUAAGUGCGGUUUCGACAAUCAGCCACACACCAACCGACGUGGUGGCGGUUAACGGCAGUGGCUUUCCGGUCUCGUGGACGCUUGGCCGAAACCAUCUGCAAUUCGACCUGGAUGUCAUCUUCGACAUCAGCCAUCACUCACGCCAACACGUCGACUGGCAUCAACGACCUGCAAUUUCUCCUCGCUUGCUGCAGAAACCGCCAAACUCAAACGAUUCCCUCGAGUACUCGUUUUCACCUGCCCCAUUCAUCCAUCAUCAUCAUAAUCAUCAUCAUCAGCAGCAGAAGCAGCGCCAUUCAAGCAAGCUGUCGUGCAUGAAAUUGUUGUGUUUGGUGAAGAAUCGUCAACUGCACCUUCCAAACACUCACGCACUGCUUCAGAGCAUGCUCGGUCGACAUCUGAUGAAGUCG